AUGGAAGACACUCGAGGCUACGUUGUCUUCACAUAUCCUGACGAAAGCCCUGAUUCCAUUUCCACGGCUUCCAAAUGGGAUUAUUACUGUUUUGUCUAUCAGUGCUCCUCUUUGUUCGAGUUUUGCACAAAACAGUUUAUUAAUCUAUUUCAAACGAUGCUAGGAUAUUUUUGGAAAACUGACAAAGGUUACCUGCUUAAUCACGAUGUUUAUGAACUAUGCUCGCUUGUUAAACUGAGAACAAAUUUUGAUGAUAAUUGGUUCGUGGUUCUUUUUUCUGUGGAAUGCGGAAGAUUUUCUGCGAGAACUACUCACAACGUACCCAAAAUUACUUGUGGAAUAGCCUGUGAAUUGGGGAAGGGUGUUCAAAACAACGCCUCACUUUUUAACAUUUUUUGCAAAGUAGAUUUAAGUGAUGAACCUCAACAUUGCGUGAAUUAUGUUCUCGAGGACGAUCUGCUCCUCAUUGUAGAUUUCAACAUAAUCGAGUGCCACCUUUCACUACUACUUAAAUGUCUCCGUUUGUGGCUAAUACUAAAAAAAGAAAACAGAGCUUCCACCCUUUUUGAUCUAAAGCUGGAAAAAAAGAUGUUUUGUUAUUUUCGGGAGGAAAAUUUGUUUAAACGUAUGCUAUCAUUGUUCCCUGAAUGUACACAGGAUGUUGCUAUGGCAGCGAUCGCAACGCUCUCUAUUGUUGGCCAACUUGGUUGA